AUGGAGCUGCUUUCCACCCCCAAAAAUAUCGAGAUCAACAACAUCACCUGCGAUUCUUUCCGCAUCUGUUGGGCCAUGGAGAAGGGGGACCUGGAGAGGGUCACCCACUACUUCAUCGACCUCAACAAGAAGGAGAACAAGAACUCCAACAAGUUCAAGCAUCGGGACGUCCCCACCAAGUUGGUGGCCAAGGCGGUGCCGCUGCCCAUGACGGUGCGGGGACACUGGUUCCUGAGCCCCCGCACCGAGUACAGCGUGGCGGUGCAGACGGCCGUGAAGCAAAGCGACGGCGAGUACCUGGUGUCCGGCUGGAGCGAGACGGUGGAGUUUUGCACCGGGGACUACGCCAAGGAGCACCUGGCCCAGCUGCAGGAGAAAGCCGAGCUGAUCGCCGGCCGCAUGCUGCGCUUCUCCGUCUUCUACCGCAACCAGCACAAGGAGUAUUUCCAGCACGUCAGAAUGCACUGCGGGAACGUGAUGAAACCGUCGCUGAAGGACAACAGCGGCAGCCACGGCUCGCCCACCAGCGGCAUGCUGCACGGCAUCUUCUUCAGCUGCAACACCGAGUUCAACACCGGGCAGCCCCCCCAGGACUCGCCCUACGGUCGUUACCGUUUCCAGAUCCCGGCUCAGCGUCUCUUCAACCCCAACACCAACCUCUACUUCGCGGACUUCUACUGCAUGUACACCGCCUACCACUACGUCGUCCUGGUCCUGGCACCCAAGGGUUCCUCGGGGGACCUCUUCUGCCGGGAGCGUCUACCCCAACUGGACAUUUCCUCCAACAAGUUCCUGACGUGCUGCGUGGAGGAGGGCGAGCUGGUGUACCGCCAUGCCCAGGACAGCAUCCUGGAGGUCAUAUACACCGAGCCGGUGGACCUCAGCCUCGGCGUGCUGGGGGAGAUCAGCGGGCACCAGCUGAUGAGCCUCUCCACCGCCAACGCCAAAAAGGACCCCAGCUGCAAGACGUGCAACAUCAGCGUGGGGCGUUAA